GAAAUGUCUAUUUAGAGGCCCUAAUGAACCGUUGAACAAGUUUACGUUUUUAUAAAAAAAAACGAUACAAUUUCUAAAUUAGUAAUUAACUAAUUUAUAUUUAUAGUGAUCACAUAACAUUUAGCAUAAUUUCAAAUUAAAAACUUGAUUAAUUAUUAAAUAGUAUUAGUUUAAUUUUGACAAAUGAAUGCAGAUUACGUUUGGAAAUUAUCCAAAUUUGGUCGUCUUACAUCAACUCGUUUAAGAUCUGAUGAUGAUUUUGCCGAUCGAUUAAAUUAUCAAUUUACUGGACUAUUAUUAUUUGUAUUCAUUGGAAUUAUAGGUAUACGACAGUAUGUUGGUAAACCAAUACAAUGCUGGACACCACAAGAGUUUACUAGAGCAUGGGAGGAGUAUGCAGAAAACUAUUGUUGGGUAGCCAGUACAUAUUUUAUACAUUUAACCAGAUAUCCAACAUCAAAUAUAUUGGUGUCACAGUCUAAUUUCAUGCCAAACGGUUACAUAGAUACAAAUGGACAACGUGUAUUACAGCCUUAUUCAAUAUUUCCAAAAUUUUCAAAACCAAAAGCUGGUGAAUUACCAAGUGAUGGUCGAUUAAUUAGUUAUUAUCAAUGGGCUCCUAUUCUAUUAGCUGUUCAGUCAUUUUUAUUUUAUUUACCAUGCCUUAUUUGGAGACUUUUUGCUGGUCAAUCUGGAUUUCAAGUAAAGAGGAUAAUGCAGUUUGCUUCAGAGGCAGCCCAGGCAGCUCCAACUGAAGGUGAUACUUCAUGUCAGCCACAAACUCAGUCAAGCCAAGUUGAUCAAGUCAACCUAAGCAAAAAACGAACCUCUGUCAUUGCUUUAAACGCUAUGGGGUUUUCAAAUUCUGCUCCAAAUUCUAACUUUUCUGCAACUAAAUCAGUUAAAACCUUGGCUCGUUAUUUAGAUAUGUGUUUCAUGAGACAACGGGAACUACGUCGAGCUGUUACCCUUGGUUCAGAUCAAAAGCUCAAGAGAAAUAGCUAUAACUUUCAAACACAGUCUUCUAAACAUCAGAGUGGAUUUUACCUUCCAGAAACAGAAAGUGGUGUAUUUAGACAUGGUCAAAGAAGUGCGAAUCGCAUUCACAGCAGUGCUUCAAGUAGAAGUAGAUCGGGGUUAGCUUCAGAACUAACGGAAUAUGAACAAAAUUUAAAACUUCAGAGACUGGCAAUGCAUCAAAGGGAAAGUUGCUUUUCAUUUUCUCCUUGUUUUCGCAAACCCUGCAGAAAGCGUAAGUCAACAUCCAGUUAUCAGCAGUACAGCAAUAAAUCGUCUAAGUUAACGCCUCAAACAGGUUUACCAGAUAAUUUGGAAACAGUUGCGAUGCCAAACAGUUACUAUUCUGGUCAUAAAACCUAUGGUGAUUGUCCACAGACUAUUAAUGAGUUGUCAAUCGAAGAACCUUCACAAAAUUCAAGUACUUGCUGUCCAUGUUGGGAAACACGUACACCGAAACAUCCACAAAGAACUCGUACAACUCACAUACCACCGUGUAGAUAUCAAGGGAAUUUUCUUGUUCGCUUGUAUAUGCUAGUGAAGCUAAUUUAUUUAUCCAAUGUAAUUGGACAAAUUUUUCUGCUCGAGUAUUAUACUGGUGUGGAAUAUAAUUUUUAUGGAAUUAGAGUAUUGUAUGAUCUUGCCAGAGGAAGACAAUGGGAAGAAUCUGGUCAUUUCCCUAGAGUGACAUUCUGUGAUUUUGAAGCAAAGAAGCUUGCACAAAGCCAUUACUACACUUUGCAAUGUGUACUCCCAAUCAAUAUGUUCUUGGAGAAGAUAUACAUAUUUUUAUGGCUGUGGUUUUUCUUAGUCGGCAUUGUCACAUUCAGUAGUAUUAUUAUAUGGAUUAGAAGAAUAGGUACAAGAACUGUGAGACUUACUUGGAUUCAACAGCAGUUAAUAACUAUACGUCAAUAUGACAAAUUUGAAAAAGGUUUUGAACAGUUUGUUGAUAAUCAUAUGGGUCCAGAUGGGGUAUUUUUGCUUCGGUUGAUUGCACAAAAUUACGGAGAUUUAGUAGCAGGUGAUACAAUUGGUGAAUUAUGGAUGGCUUAUUGGCAAAGACGAUUAACCAGUUCUUCAGAGCGUAGACUUACUGGAAGUAUCUCAAGAAAACCACCAUCACCAGCUCCUACAUUUAAUAGGUUUGAUCAGCCUCUACCGUCAGAUAUAUACACUAAAAACCCGUCAUUGAAAAACCAACAUAAUGAAACAUAUCAAAUGCAAAUGGCUUUAACAAAGGGACAGAUUGAAAAUAAAACCUCUAAGCAAGGUAAGAAAGAUAAAUCACGACGUAUGGCCACUGCAUCAGGUUUUCCAGCAGCCUUACUUGCCACAGAGAUGGUACAUCCAGUAGACCGUUUCGGUGUACCUUUAAUAGCAGCUACUCGCAAGCCACCAUCUUUGCCUUCUAGGUCAUCAUCAAGGUAUAGUCAAAGAAGUCGAUCAAGAGAACGAUCCGAAUCACCUCCACCAAUACCCCAAAGGUCUCCUGGUUGCGAAAAUUACAGUUUUAGUGAUAGACAAUCGAUAAAAGACUUUGAACAUCAAAGUGAACACUCAUCUGUAAUUUACCCAGUAUCUCCUACUGGACCCGAUGAAGGAGAAUUUGUUGACCAUCAAGCUGAAGCUAUUGUAGAAAAUGAUCAUAUAGUUGAUAUUCAAGGAUCCUUCGAAUAUGAAGAUCCACAAGGAAAUAUUUACGCUGAAAAUAAUGACAAUCAAUACGCUGAAGAUGUUCAGAAUGAUGAUAAUAUUGUAUAAGUUGUAAAUUUUGAAUAUUAUGCAACAAUAUACGUUUUUUCUACUUGACCUCCGUCACCUGAGUCUUUCACGUUAAAAUAAUCUUAAAAUAACUGUACAGUAAUUUGUUUUUCACAGAUGUGUAUCCUAUGAAUGUAAAAUUUAAACUGAUUCCAUUAUUUGUUUUAUAUAAUACUAGCUUAAUACAUAGUGUCUGCUGAACAUUGUAUUGAGGCAAAAAAUUUUUAAUAAUGAUGUUU